AUGGGAUUUUUGAGUGGUGUGCUUGGUGCGGUGAAAAAUGAUCCAAGCGUUAAGACAUACACUUUAAUAACCGAACUUGACUUUAAUAAACUUUUAGAUAAUAUGCAUAAUGGUGUUUUUGGUUUUGGUGUUUGCAUAGACCAUGUGAUGCGUGUACUUCAUGACUAUGUUGCCGAGUUGCAUAAGCGUACUGAGGCAGUUAUGAAGCCUGUUAAUGGCAUCAAUAGAUCGAUAGAAGAACACAAACUUUUAAUUCAGCAGGAAAAAGAUGUUGAGCUUUUCGACCAGAUUGCCGGGUGGACUCAACGCGCUGCGCAGUACAUCGACCAAGCCAGGCAAUCCAGAAAAGCGUUAAAUAAUCUCGAUUCCGAUUUAUACGGUAAGUUGAAAUGUAAUGUAUCAUUGGUGUUGCAGGCGACGGAGACCUUUAUGGAAAAUUGUUCAAACAGCGACCUCCAUGAGAUCCAUGUGGCAUCAUUCAAUACAAUGUUGAAGGUAUCAGGUAAAAUUGGCGAGAGGUUUCAAGCAAGCAUCAACAGAGUACAAUAUUAUUUAAAUGCUAAGAUUAACGAAUUACAUAAAAAUCUAUCUGGUUUUCGUGAUACGCAAUUCAAAGAAUUGUACGACGCUGUAACAGGAGUCUACGUGGCUUUCAAGGAUGUGUACGGAGACAUGGAAUCGCUUCUACCGAAGUAUGCACGAGAAGUUGUUGGUAAGGUGGAAAGUAUCUCCCAUUCCUCGGAGCAGUUUAAGCUGUCAUUUGAAAAAACGCAACGUGCGCUGUUGUCGGCGACGCAACAAGUGGCGACGCAACUCGGAAAUUUUGAAAAUCUGCAACGUGUGGAUGGAAUAGACGGCAGCCUUAGAGGCAGAGUGAAAUUUUUAAAACACAUCGGCGAAAGUGAAAAUGCUUUUACUGUCGUUAAUGGUUACUUGACGAAGCUGAACGAGGAUGUCAUGACGCCUCUGUCGAUUGCUAUGUAUGGGAUAGGUGAGGGAUUUGGACAGAAUGUUCUGUCGAAAACCAAUAGUGAUGUAGACGACGCCAUAAAACACGCUAUAGGGGAGAUAAAAUUGCUUAAAAGUAUUGACAGCAAAUUUCCAAAUUUUGGCGAGCUUCGAAGUAAAUUACAAGAACUUGGUAUUGAUAUGGGUAGUGUUGGCGACGACCUUAAGGGCAAAUUCACGGAUGUCGAUGAACUCAAUGCAGUGAUUCAGAAGCUGGAAGAAUCCUCUAAAAUGGACAAAGGUGACGCGACAGUAAUUUUCACAGAAAUGGCCACUGUAACUGAGGCCAUAUCUUCGCAUUCUACGGAUGUUUUUGUAAAAGUGCUGAAUGAAAUUAAAAAGCAAGUAACUGAAGAAAUUAGAGAUGUAGCCGGCGCUAUUAAGAGCAUGGUUACGACUAUUCAUACCGGUGUAAAAUAUGAUCAAAAUGACAAGGAGUAUGAUUACGGUGGUGGCGCCAUCGGCAUAGGCAAUUCGGCAUCUGGAGUUCUGAAACUGAUUAGUGAGUUUAUAUCCAAUAUUUACAAUCAGGUUACAAUGCUUCAUAAAAGUGUUGGAAAAGAGGGUGAAGAUGCAGGGAGCAGUAGCGUUUACAGGGAUAUAAAAAAACUUCACGCGAGCAUUGGUAUUCUAAGUACAGAAAUUGAGAAAGUUGGCAAACAAGUCACAGAAGUUGAGAAAAAACUGGAAGACUGCAUGAAGUCGACGUUUGAAUUUAUUAACGAGGCUCCUAAAUGGGCUGAAAAAAUCAUGGAUGAUUUACGCCAAGACGUGAAUGGAGAAAUUGCCAAUGGUUUCGAAAACGUUCAGAAAAAGGCUAAGGAGAUAUAUGUAAAGAGGAAGCAAUUGGAGCUGAACUCCUUGCACUCCAUUGUAAACGAACAACAUAAACGGAUUGAGGAAAUACUCGAUGAAGAUAAACGUAAUGGCGUUAAAGGAUUAAUGAAGCGGAUGAAUGAUUACAAGUUGCUCAAUGAUUUUAAAAUUGUCCUCACCCCGUCCUCUAAACAUGACCCUACUAAAUUCUCCCAACUCGGCGCAAAGUUCCAAGACUACGUCGACAAAAUUCUAGAGUACCUAAAGUACCAAGUCAUGACCAAAAGUAAGCCUCCUCAGCCUACCGACCACUCCAGACACGUCGAAGGCAUCAGGGAGUCGUUUGACGUAUUGCUCCGAUAUCUCAUGUAUACGGGUCAUAGUAAAUAUUUCAAUUUUACUCACGAAUCCGAUGAAUUACUGUCCAAUCUGAUCGAUUCCGUCCAUUCCCUAACUCCCCUCACCUCCACCCUCGACCCCCAAGCGCUGCCGGACGCAGGACGGCCCGUGCUCAGGGCGCUGAAGGAUGGGAUGCUGGGAUUCGUGGGAGAGUUGGGGAAGGGGUAUGUGAACAGGUAUGAUGGGCAUAAGGAUGUUAUUGAUAUGAGUAAAUUGGUUGAUACAAAAGGUAAUUUGACGAAUAAUGGCAGAAAUUUGUCGAAGGUGUUUUUGACGAUUUUGGAGAUGAUAUUCUACAGACUCGAAAAAUUAAGGAGGAGUUGUGUAACAGGUGGUGAAUGCAUAAAUAAUAAGACGUGUUUAACUGAGUUAGUAAACGGUAAUAAAAAGGAGAGUGUCCUCGGCAAAUGGCUGCAGUACCAUGGUUAUAGGGUCUCCUACGAUGAGGAGACGCAGAACGGUGAGUUGAAGAGAGACAUGACGGGGAGAGAUAUUCAUGCCAUUCUCGUCAAAAGCGGGAAAGAUCGGAAACAUCUCUUUGCAUCUGAUAAUUCUAGGUUGGACAGCGGUGCUCUUAGGCAGCUUAUCGGCCACCUUGGCACGUACUACGAUGUAUGCCAUAUUCGUUAUAUCGAGAAGCCAAAACAACCGACCACUGUUAAACAGAUGCUUCACUGGCUAUGUGGAUUCUGGCAUAAUCCGAUGCGUGAUAAGGUUAGGUUCUCGCUCAAGGAAUACUUCCCCAAACCUAAGGGACGCGAGGAGGAAGAUUAUUCCACUAUUAAGAGCAGCGACAUUAGCCUAGAUGCAACUACAACGAUUACGCCUCACUCACUAGACGACAAUAUCAAACGCCUUUGUGCGUAUUCCCAUGACACGUUAAUCGCAAUCCUGGGUCACGGUCAAGAGGAGGGCCGAUACGCAGUUGACUUUCGCACAAACCCCGACGGUUUGUGGUAUCCAAUUAACAAAUAUCAAUGUUUCGAUAUGUUUGUAGAUAUGUCGUAUAAGUUGUAUGACCAACUGUACUUCGUAUUGGUUCAGUGCCAGCGCAAUUCAGAGGCCAAUAGCUGGCGUGACUGCUAUUACGGCAGGUACGUGGGCGGUUCGUCAUGGACUUGUAAUGAGAAGCAAUGUGUCAACCAAAACUGUCCCCAAAUAGCUGACCAAAAGGCUAACCAAAAUGCCAACCAAAAGGCUGACCAAACGUGUGGCCAGCACCCUGUAUGCGGUGUCAAAUCACCUUUGCAAUCCUUCUUAGAGGACGGACUGCAGGGCUUCCUUCCUCACCAUUUUACGAAGGUGGGAUGUGGAGUUCAGUGUUCAGUGAGCAAUCACAGAGGAAUUCCAUGUAAGACACCAAUGGGCUUUGGUGAUAUUGGUAAUGCCGCAUCGCAUACCCAGAAGGGUGAGUAUAUCAUGAAAUCGCUUGAUGAAUUCUGCGGGAAACCGAGUAGUCCGCUGAGAAACCUCUGCAGCUACUUCAUAUGCCUUUUACAGAGGACCCCGCAAACGCUGGAUGAUAUGUUCGCAUUCUUCAGCAAUUACCUGCGAAACUGGAAUGAUAUAGACCAGCAACGUAGGAAGCAUAUACAAGGGGCACUGGAUAACGCAACCGCCAAGGCGUACUUCGGCGUCAAUUAUGGUGAGCUCAAUGUUAAUUCCAUAUUCUAUAGCAGUGCUAGCAAUAAAAAUCAUAGCAAUGGAGAUUUGCUGUGCCUCCUCAAUUGCGAUAAUUAUUCAACGAUGACCUGCGGCCGUUUUAUGCAGCCUUUCGGGUUCAACACAUGGAAUAUUUUCGCAGCGAAGAACUCAGGCAGAUACCUAUCGUGGAUUGUUUAUCUCACGGAAACAUUCUACAACCUGUUGCAACAACUAUACGAAGAAUGUUGCAACAAUUGCACCAAACCAGGAACCAGGUGCCACGGUAAAGUAUGCCCGGAUGAAUGUAAAGUGAAGUCGGCAUACAAAUCUGAGGACACGAAAACCGCACUAAGCAAUCAAAAGCACACUGAUGGUUGCAAAUCAAUAGCGUUAUGUCCACUCACGCGUCCUACGUUAGCAAGAUACGGUUUUGUACUGCAGAGUAUAUCUAACCUCAGUGGCGAAAAUGGCCCCGAAACGAAACGCACGUGUCAGGAUUUGUGCAACUCCUUACAGAUUGUACUUAACAACAAAGAAGCGGACAAACAUGUUCUCGCCGAAUUUGUAUACCGAACUAUUCCGAACUUCCUCUGGGCUAUCAGAAGUAAAUUCUUCUGGACCACCGUAGCCCUCUGGUCACUAUCACUCUUCUACCUCAUCUGCGUGAUGGUUGGCAGACUGGAUGUGCUCCACAUACGCUCACACCUGAGGAUACCGUCGUCGCACAAGAUUACAGCGCAGUCAUUGCUGGCGGCGACGCAAGUCGGAAGGCUUGCCAAGAUAUCGUAUCUACAACCAUAA